CCCCCUCCGGAAUCCCGCGCUGCGCGAGGGGGCGGGCUGCCCGGGCCAUGGCGCAUAAAGCCUCUGGCCACCUGCAGGGCUACUGCUGCGCUAGCCACCGACUGGGACUCACCUUGCUGAAUCUUGAACCUCGGCUUCUGUCAUCUCUGCGGCCUCCGUCGCCUCUGUUGCUGUCCCCUUCAGGCCCGGAGCCCCGCGAGCCCCGGCCGCGCACGCGGACAUGGGCGGCAGCGCCAGGGCGCGCUGGGUGGCGGUGGGGCUGGGCGUCCUGGGGGUGCUGUGCGCUGCGCUCGGUGUUGUCAUGAUCCUCUUGGUGCCCUCGCUCAUCAAGCAGCAGGUGCUGAAGAAUGUCCGCAUAGACCCCAGCAGCCUGUCCUUUGGGAUGUGGAAGGAGAUCCCGGUCCCUUUCUACCUGUCCGUCUACUUCUUCGAGGUGGUCAACCCCGACGAGGUCCUAAAGGGUGAGAAGCCGGUAGUGCGGGAGCGUGGACCCUAUGUCUACAGGGAAUUCAGACACAAGGCCAACAUCACCUUCCACAACAAUGACACUGUGUCCUUCGUGGAGCAUCGCAGCCUCCAUUUCCAGCCCGACAGGUCCCGGGGCUCGGAGAGUGACUACAUUGUACUGCCCAACAUUCUGGUCCUGAGUGGCGCAAUAAUGAUGGAGAACAAGCCUGCAGGUCUGAAGCUGAUGAUGACCUUGGGGCUGGCCACCAUGGGCCAGCGUGCCUUUAUGAACCGCACUGUUGGUGAGAUCCUGUGGGGCUAUGACGAUCCCUUCGUGAAUUUUCUCAACAAAUAUUUCCCAGACAUGUUCCCCAUCAAGGGCAAGUUCGGCCUGUUUGUUGAGAUGAACAACACGGAUUCUGGGCUCUUCACUGUGUUCACGGGCGUCCAGAACUUCAGCAGGAUCCACCUGGUGGACAAAUGGAACGGGCUCAGCAAGAUCAACUAUUGGCAUUCAGAACAGUGCAAUAUGAUCAACGGGACUUCUGGGCAGAUGUGGGCCCCAUUCAUGACACCCCAAUCCUCGCUGGAAUUCUUCAGCCCCGAGGCCUGCAGGUCCAUGAAGCUCACCUACCAGGAUUCAGGGGUGUUUGAAGGCAUCCCCAUCUAUCGCUUCACAGCCCCCAAAACUUUGUUUGCCAACGGCUCCGUCUACCCACCCAAUGAGGGCUUCUGCCCGUGCCUGGAGUCCGGCAUUCAGAAUGUCAGCACCUGCAGGUUUGGUAAGUGUCCUGUGCGCGUUCCUUCCCCGCCUCCAAGGCCGAGGUGAGAGGGUGGCACCAGGAUUCUAUCUGCUGCCAGCUUGCAGUCCCAUUAAUCUCUGGUCUCUGCACCCCUGGUGAGCUCAGUGC